CCCCCGGGAGGCGGAGGCGGCGGCGGUGGCGGCGGGGGCGACGUCAGAGCCAUGGGCGCUGACGCGCGGUCUUCGGGGGUCCGCGCUGGCGGCGGCCAGGGUGCGGCGGGGUCCCGGACGAGCUCCUGGGCGCUGUGGCCACCGCUCCCGCCUCUCUCCUUUCUCUUUUUGUUGUUGCUGGCGACGCCCAGCGCUUGGGCCGCGGGAUACCAGACAUGCCCCAAGGUGGAGCCGGACAUGCUGAAUGUGCACCUGGUGGCCCACACACAUGAUGACGUGGGCUGGCUCAAGACGGUGGACCAGUACUUCUAUGGCAUCCAGAAUGAUGUCCAGCACGCGGGCGUGCAGUACAUCCUAGACUCGGUCAUCUCUUCCCUGCUGGCGGAGCCCACCCGCCGCUUCAUCUAUGUGGAAAUCGCUUUCUUCUCCCGUUGGUGGCGACAGCAGACAAACACAACGCAGGAAAUGGUGCGGAACCUGGUGCGCCAGGGACGCCUAGAGUUUGCCAAUGGUGGCUGGGUGAUGAACGAUGAGGCGGCCACCCACUACGGAGCCAUCAUCGACCAGAUGACACUCGGGCUGCGCUUCCUCGAGGACACGUUUGGCAGCGACGGGCGCCCCCGUGUGGCCUGGCACAUCGACCCCUUCGGCCACUCUAGGGAGCAGGCCUCGCUGUUCGCGCAGAUGGGUUUUGACGGCUUCUUCUUCGGACGCCUGGAUUAUCAAGACAAGAGCACGCGGAAGGAGAAGAUGGAAAUGGAGCAGGUGUGGCGGGCCAGCGCCAGCCUGAAGCCCCCCGCCGCGGACCUCUUCACCAGUGUGCUCCCCAACAUUUACAACCCACCGGAUGGUCUGUGCUGGGACACGCUGUGUGCCGACAGGCCCUUUGUGGAGGACCCACUCAGCCCUGAGUACAACGCCAAGGACCUGGUCCAUUACUUCCUGCAGUUGGCCACUGCCCAGGUAACCUGGUACCCAGAACCUGUGCCUCUGGUGUACAUGCACGGGGCCCUUCCACCGGCCCAGGCAAUCCCUAGCACUUCCUCACCAUCCUCGGAGGAAGGUAGUAUUCCGUUCACCAUCACUAUGCCCUCCUCCGGGAUUUGUGUGUGUUCCUGACUAGAAAUGCGGACCCCUUCACCACUGCACACCUCCACCAUGAUCAUGAGACAGCAUGGCACAGUGCCUCAGUACCCACGUCUGGGUGGUGAGCCCAAG